CUCUUUCGUUCAUUGCAUUAUAUUCUCAAUUGAGUUCAACAUGGCGGAAGGAGACGACUGGGAAACCUUAGAAACGUUGCUUAAUAAAGCAACCAAUCCUUCUAAUAGGGAUGAUGACUGGGAGUACAUCAUGAACUUCUGUGACAGAGUCAACUCAGAGUUAGAAGGAGCUUUGCUUUCGUGUCGGCUGCUUGGUCAUAAGAUCCAGUCCCCACAGGAGAGAGAAGCGCUUCAAGCUCUGACGGUCAUAGAGGCAUGCGUCAAGAACUGUGGAGAGCUCUUCCACAGAGAACUGGGCAAGUUCAGAUUCCUCAAUGAGAUGAUCAAACUUAUCUCACCAAAGUAUCUUGGUAAUAAGACGACUGAGAAGGUGAAGAAGAAAACAAUAGAACUGAUGUACUCCUGGCAAAAGGGUCUUCCUCAUGAAGGCAAGAUUGUGGAGGCUUAUGAUAUGCUGAAAAAACAAGGUCUGGUAAAAGAAGAUCCAACAUAUCUUGAUGAAGAUUUAUUCCCUUCUGUUCCCCCUCCUAAAGCAAAGAUGGCUGAGUUUGAAGAUGAAGAGAAAUCAAAGUUGUUAGCAAGGCUUCUGAAGAGCAAGCAUCCUGAAGAUCUGCAAGCAGCGAACCGUCUCAUCAAGAACAUGGUCAAAGAGGAUGAGAAACGGCUGGAGAAGGUUUCUAGAAGGACCAACGAGCUAGAGAGCUGUAACAACAAUGUCAAACUACUCAAUGAGAUGUUAACUCAUUAUAGAGAAGGCUAUACAAGCCCUGAGGAAAGAGAGCUGAUGAAGGAGCUGUAUCUCACAUGUGAAAGAAUGAGACCAAGUUUGUUUAGACUGGCGAGUGAUGCUGAUGAGAAAGAUGAUUGCAUUGCUGAUAUUCUGGAGACUAAUGAUGCAGUUGUCAAGGUGAUGGAGGUAUACAAGGAGAAGUUUGGAAUCGAGGAUCUAAGUACUAGUUCAUCGGGAGCAGAAGGAGGAGGAGCAGCAUCAAAUUUACUAGAUAGUAGUAAAUUAAUAGACUUUGCUGGUUCAAGUCCAGUCAAACAACAAGGUGCUGCCUCUGCUCCUCCUGAUCCCUCCCAACAAGAUGCUGAACAAGAUUCAACACAACUUUUAGCAUCGGAACUAUCUUCAUUAGGUUUGUCAUCAGAGCAGCCAGCUAAUAAAGUGGUGCAACCAACGAGUGCUUCAGACCUUGAUAAGCUCCUAGGUCCUGGUCCUGUCGCUCCAUCAGUACCCUCUACAACACAGGCAUUCCCUGCAUUCAAUACCAAACAAGCUCAGCAAAUGCCUGCGCGGAUGCCAAUGUAUCCAACACCACAACAGCAGCAGCUUAUGAUGCAACAGCAACAGAUGGCUCAAAUUAGAGCGUCCUCUAUGGGCAUGAUGGGAAUGCAACCUGGGUAUCCCAUGAUGCAACAGAUGCCGCAGCAGCAGCAAGUUGCCAUGGGAUCCAAUCAAGUGACACCUGUAUUCCCCACACAACCUAAAGCAGCAGGAAGUAUCUCGCAAACACCGGCUUCAACAUCAUCAUCGUCAUCUUCCAAUAACCCAGCCAUUUCAUCUAAUGCCUUCGCUGAUUUAGAGUCUUUAGGAAGGGGGCUCAUCAAGCCAAAAACAAAAGAAGAAACUCCUGCUGUAGCAGAUGACCAGCUCCUGUUCUUAGAUGGUUCUCCUCAGAUCAAGGCCCCAACAAAGAACCCUGAGGUACUCCCCAUUACUCCUACCAUUACCCCUCAAGCCCAGGCAUCAGUACCAGCAGCUACACCAACACCCCAACCAACAACUCAACCUACAACUCAGACUGUUCUAUCACUAGCUGAUGUCUUUGUUCCAUUGGAGUCAGUACAACCAGGUUCAACGCCACCCGUGACGGCAUACGAGAAGAACAAUGUGAAGACGAUAUUUCACUUUGCCAAAGAUUCUCCGCGACCUGACGUGUUGGUUGUUGUGGUAUCUACUAUGAGUACUAACACAUCACCCAUCAAGAACCUGACAUUCCUGGCUGCUGUACCUAAAACGAUGAGAGUGAAACUGCAGCCCCCCUCAGCCACAGACCUACCAGCAUACAACCCUAUUCUUCCACCAUCAGCUAUCACCCAAGUCAUGCUACUUGCUAACCCAAAUAAGGAGAAGAUUCGUCUCCGCUUCAAGAUGCAAUAUACACUCAACGACCUACCCUUCACAGAACUAGGAGAAGUAGACAAAAUGCCAUCACACUGACAGUAAUUUAUUAUUUUUUAUUGCUGCUACUAUUAUUUAUAAAUAAGAUGAAAUAAUAAUUGCAUAAAUAUAUAUUGUACAUGUACUACCAUGAAUGAAUGUCAGCUAACAGGAGGCAUGUUUUCAUUACUAAGAUAAUAGCUCUGCAUGAGCUUUACAAUAAUAUACAUUGGUGAUAUAUCUAUGUCCUGAUACUGCAUGCUACAGCACUUCAGAAGCUUUGUGUAGAAAAAAUGUUUCACAGUCCUGUAGUGCAGUAGGGUGAUGUGACACAUCUCCACUGACAAGAGUUGCUCGUGGCCAUUUUCCUGCUCUAGUCGAAUUCCUAAAUUCCACCCUGCAUUCAAUUCUAUAACCAAACCCUAACCCUAACCCUAAAGGUGACGGGAAGCCUAAUCACAAGACUAAUACCUAUCUUACAUGUUUGACAAAAUAAAGCCAGAAGCAAUUGUUUCUAGAGCAGAUAACAUCAUCCCUAGUAGAUAAUAUACAAAUGAUGCAUGCGCAUGAGUUCAUUAUACGAUCUCUCAAGUUAAAUAGGCUCAAUUUAGUGCGUACACAUAAAUAAGCGCACUUACUUCUAUACGCGUUUACGCAUAGUGCUGCUCAAGAAUAGGCCUACACGCAGUAUACGCGCCCUAACCGCUACGCCCACUACUGCGCAUCAUGUACACGCACUAAAACAAAAGCGUGCAAUAGGACUGGAAAAAAACUGCAUGCUUUUUCAUGAGAAAGCGAGCAUGACCAAUCAUUUGAUUAGGAUCUAGGAGUGAGUUGUACAAUAACAAAUAGCUGUAAACACUGAAUACGGGCAGGUUUAUCGGCCCCUAUGUACCAAUUUAGGGCCUAAAUAUUGUCAUGUAUAGAUGCAUGCAUAGGCCAUUGAUGAAUAAGCUUCUUAAGGUUUAAUGCAUUGCAUGCAGUGUACAGCAUCAUGAAUUUUACAUACAUUUACAAUGUGUCGAGACAAUGUUACCGUUGAGAAAAGCAAUAGUUCUCUUUGCAAACCAAAGGUUACAGAAUACAAUAUUAUUGUCACAAAAUGUUGUAAUUUAACUCUUUGACUGCAUUCUAUGUCUCUCUGCAAUGUCACCCGUUUGCCACGCAUGUACUUUUGCACAAACAAUAGGCACCAAUUGACAAAAGGAUUGCUUUUCGUACAACACAAUGGCUCUGCAAAAUUACCAAUUUCCGGUCUUGAUAAGCUCUAUGACGACCAUAUCAAAACUAGUGUAGAUUAGUCUUGCACUGGAACAAUCUUGAAGCAUUUGAUAUUUGUAUCCCAUGAUGAAUACACUGUGGCACAAGGAGAUUAUUUGUGUGCCGAAUAAAGAAUUAAUGUGUUUUACCAUCCAAAGACUACUUUCACAGAGAUGAAAAUCAUCAUCUGCAAGAAGAUCUUAAAAGCUAUGUAUUGCAAAUGAUAGGAACAGCUUUCUUGCAAGCAGCUGACAAAAUGACCUGUAAAGGUUGAACACAUUGUUGAGGUCUAAAAGGAAACAACUCUUGCUCAAAGUUUUAUUUAUCCGGCAAAGAGUGCAUCUUAUUUGGCAAAUGUGUUGGUCUCCUACAAGUAACUUCUAAGCAAGUCACCUUUGAUGUAAGCCUUAGCCAUUUUUGGUCCUUUCUUUGCUACAUCAAAACAUCUGCGUGUUACACAUUUCAUUUGUUUCACUCAUUCAUAACUUGGCAAGUCAAACAAAAAAUUGUCAAUUUUGUCUCCCAUUUGUUACCUCGUAUUAUAGAAUUAUAAAUACAGAUUCACAAAAGUAUUAUUUUAUCUGAUUUUGGUCUGAUCCAAGCUACAGUUCGCUAUCAAUAAUCAUCAGAUGAACAUGAAUCUUAGAUAUCAUUGAUAACAUAUGGGACAAGAUAACGUGCAUUUGCCCCAAUGCCCAAGAUGAUGAACAUUUCGGAUCAAACUUGUCAUGAAAAUAAUGUUCAUUUAUUGAUGCAUUCCCUGUACAUGCAAUCAUAAUUGAAGGUUGUUGUCUGUUUUUUUAAGCACAUACAGGUAAUCACAAUCUGUUAAAGUCGUAUUGUCUAUUUCUUUCUUUGCUUUCAAACUGCUAGUUAAAGAAACAAAAGAGAGAGUUUCAUUUCUCAUUUUGACUUGCCAUUUGUGGAUUUUGUUAGUGUUAAUACAGUGGAACUUCAAUUUAAAAACAAAAACCUCCUCCUUACCAAUGACAUAGCCUUGUAGUUGUACUAUUAUAUCUCAAUCUGGAUAUCACGGCUCCAAUUCAAUAGAGUACACAGAGCUGUAACCUUUCAUAAUGAGAGCUUAUAGCAUGGACCGUUUUCAAGUGAGGUCUUGUUGUAUAUGUUUCAUGCAGUAUAUGAAUGAAAGUCAAACUUUCAUGUUACAUAGUGAAAUAUGAGCUGCAUUUCAUGGUUAGAGUUGCUCCCAACUCCUUGGUUAGACUUCACAUCACCACAUACGAUCAUCACAUACACAUAGCAUCAUGCAUCAUGCUGAAUAUAUCCAUUGCAUUACUUAUAAAACUAAUAUCAAUUUUAUUCACCUGCUGAAAAGUAUUUAUUUAUGAUAUCUCAUCUCUUAUGUAGUGGGUUGGAAUGAAGCUCAUAUGAUGUAGAUAUCUUCACAGUAUUUGUAAUUGACCAUUCAAAGGAAAUGCUGAAAGCGUUUUGCACCAUAGUACUAUUCUGACGACUCUGAGUCUGAUUGUGAAAUAUAUUACUUGCAUUUCAGGAAAUGACUGUAUGUGUAAAUUUGUAGUAAUCGGGGUAUAAAGGUGUCAGGGUGAUUAGAAUCAUAAAUAAUAAUAGGUUUAGCAUUUAAAUUCAUCCUCAUUCUUAAUCCAGAGUCUAACUUCAUUAUAUGUUGUCCACACUUUUAUAAUGCUGCGAAGCAAUGUUAAUAGCAUAACAAUAUAUGUAUAUUAGAACCAUCUGCAAAAUAAGUUAAAUUUGUAAGAGAACAAACAUUGGAGAAAGAGUAUUAUUGUAUCUAAGCUAUUGGUUUGAAACUAUGUUUGGGGACAAAAUGUUGCAUUUUUAAUAUUGGCAAAGUAUUCCUACAAGAAAAUGAUAUUUCCUAUUGAUAUCAUGAUAUGAUUUAAAUGUUUUUUUGUUUUAUAGUGUUUAGUUAUAUUGUAUAAUAUGAUCCAAAUGUAAGACAUUAAAUGUAUACUUCACUAAUUUA